UCGUGCCGCUUGUGUUGCAGCUGUGCUGUUGUUUUUGUUGAGCGUGUUGGGAAAUACUUACGCCACGCCAAGUAUCUACAAGAUACAUCUUUUGCACGGUCUAUAAAUAAACGACAUCUUGAAAAAGGGGGACAAAAACAAACGGCAACUCGCGCGCGCGCCAAGUGCAAAACGAAGGGUCAGACCCCUUAAAACACAAAAAUAAAACAACCAAAAAGGAAAUAUAAAAAAGUAAAAUCGCUUUUGUGAAAUAGCCUAUAUCAUUUAUGGAACGGCAAAAGCGGAAGUUUAUUUAUGCAAUCGAUUUGUGAACCUAAAAAUACUGUAUUUAUUUAUUUGUGUGACAACAAAAAAGAAAAAAAAAUAGAAAAAGAAGAGGAGAUAAUAAAUAUUUUAUCGUUUGCCAAGAGCUGAGCGAUCAAAGCGUUGGCGAAAAGAUUCAACGUUCAGAUCAAAGUGCCCCGAAAUCUUAAUAAGCAAAUCAAGCGAAAAAUCCAUUCCGCAAAUUGAAAACUGAAUGAAAGUUUUCUUGCAGCUGAGAUGCCAGAGCAAAAGUACAGUAAACACUGCACGGAGAGAGCUGGACCGGACAUGCUAAAAUUUUUAAGUAAAUAGAGUGAGAGAACUAUUCGAGGCAGCUGGAAAAUCCAUGUAAAUUAAAUAGAGGAAAAUGUGGCGAUUUUGGCAGAGCAUAAAACUCAAUUAACAACAAAGAAAACGCUACGACAAAAGACAAAUACGAAAGACAAACGUAAUGUGAAAACUUGCGCUCGGCUAAAAUUAAAAUUAAAAUUGAAAUUGAAAAUUGAAAAUAAAAAGAAGAAGCAGCAGCAACGAGUGGCACCCAGGGGCAAAGCAGGCGCCAUGAAGUUUCGUUUGGGCGCUUUUUGGCUAUUUCUGUUGACAGUUGGCGGCAGUCAGAAGCAAUUAAGCGAUAAUUGUUGCCACGGGCUGGCCACUUGGGGCAUGCCAGCUGUAGCCGCAGCCGCUGCUGCACCACCAAAGCAAAAAUCAAUUGAACCACCGCCAAACUUCCGCAGUGGCAGCAAGCACAACGGAAAUGAGCUGGAAAAUGCAACCAAAUUCCGUGUGGCCGCAAUGCAAACACCAGCUGAGCCAUCGCCAGUUAUUGGGGACAUAACAACAACAACAACAACAACAACAACAUCAACAACAACAUGGCCUCCAGCUCAACCGGAUGUCACCACAUUGACGGCCAAAUCAAUCGUUCAGGCAACAUUCAAGCAGGCCAAGGCGUACAAUUUGGAGCUCAGCUUUAAGGAGCGCAUGGCACAGCUAUUUGCCAGCGAAGAGUCAGAGUCUGGUCUGACAACGACAACAUUAGCAACAACAACAACCUUGACGACUGACAACGAUAACAGCAGUGGAAGCGGUACGAGCACUCAUCAUCCGGAACGCCGUCAUGUGGUGCCUGACAAGCUGCAGUACACGAAAGAGUUGCAAAUCAAACAGGGUCGUCUGAUGGGCAUCACACGUCGCUUCCUGGUGACCAGCGGCCUGCGCGAGGUGGAUCAGUAUCUGGGGCUGCCGUAUGCGGAGGCGCCCAUUGGCAGUCGACGCUUUAUGCCGCCGGGCGCACCGCUGCCGUGGCAGGGUCUGAAAAUAGCGCGUCAUUUGCCGCCGGUUUGUCCACAAAAACUACCGGAUGUGUCAGGACCCAGUAGCGUGAAUAUGUCACGUGGUCGUUACAAGCACUUGAUGCGUCUAAUGCCCUAUUUGAAAACCGAGAGUGAGGAUUGCUUGUACUUAAAUCUAUAUGUUCCGCACGAGGAGCCGCUGGCAACGCCCAAGCUGCAUGCGGUGCUUGUUUAUUUGCAUGGCGAGUCCUUUGAGUGGAACAGCGGCAAUGCCUACGAUGGGUCAGUGCUGGCCAGCUAUGGCGAGGUGAUUGUGGUCACUGUCAACUAUCGCCUGGGCGUGCUGGGGUUUAUGCGUCCGGGCAUUGAUGCUCAUAAUAUAGCCAACUAUGCGCUGCUCGAUCAGAUAGCGGCACUGCACUGGAUCAAGGAGAACAUUGUCUCCUUUGGCGGCGACAAUACUCGGGUCACACUCAUGGGCCACAGCACGGGCGCCGCCUGCGUCAAUUAUCUAAUGGUCUCACCGGUGGCAUCAGGUCUAUUUCAUCGCGCCAUACUCAUGUCCGGCUCGGCCAUGUCCGACUGGGCAGCCAGCAAUCAAUCGCUGCAAUUGACCAUGCAAAUAGCCAACGCUCUCGACUGCCCGCUGGGUGACCACGAAGAGGAUGAUGCUCUGCUCGAUUGCCUGCGCCAGCGUCGCUACCAGGAUAUCUUGCACAUACCAACAUCGUUUCAACAAUUUUCAACAUCAUUGGGUCCAAUUGUCGAUGGACACGUAAUACCAAAUCAACCAUACAAGGUCAUGGGGCAUUAUACGGAGCAUUUCAGCCGUUAUGAUUUAUUAUUCGGCAUCACGGAGUCAGAAUCCUAUCAUACAUUGGCCGCAUUAGCACUCGAGGAAGGAUUACGUGAAAAUGAACGCGAUAAUUUAUUGCGCUUCUAUAUGCAGAGUCGCUUUGAUGUACGCCCCGAUUUGGCAUUGGCUGCCACGCUAAAAAAAUACCAGGACAUGUACAACAAUCCGAUAAAGGCCACUAAUUUGGAACAUCGCGACGUUGUGCUGGAUAUACUCUCCGAUGCUCGGGUUGUUGGACCCCUGCUGCAGACGGGCAUGUUCCAUGCGGAUGUGAAUCGACGCAAUUAUAUGUACGUUUUUGGUCAUAAUAGCGCGACGGGCCCUUAUGCACAUCUACCACAUAGCAUAAUGGGCGAGGAGUUGGCGUUCGUUUUUGGUGCGCCGCUGGCGCCGGCCGGCCCAUUUCCCAGCCACAACUAUUCCGUGCAGGAAAAGCUGCUUUCCGAGGCGGUAAUGGCAUAUUGGACGAACUUCGUAAAGACCGGCAACCCGAAAGCACCGUGGAAGGGAACAUUUUUGAAUUCGCAUCUCUUGGAAUGGGAUCGCUACGAUUUGGACUGGCCGGAGUUUAAUAAGCGUGCGCAGGCCUAUCUCAAUAUUGGGAUACCGCCGACAGUGGGCUACAAGUACCGUCAGAUUUACAUGAAUUUUUGGAACAAAGAGCUGCCGGACGAGCUGAAUCAAAUUGCGGCAAUACAGGUGCGAGGGCAGCAACAGCAGCUGGCCGGAAACGAGGUGAUUACGGGCCAUAUGAGCAAAUACGGGGCGCGUGACAAUGGCGCCGAGGAUCCGGUGCGUACGCUGAAAUUGCUGCUACAGGAGCCGCUGGCAACGGGCAGCGAGCAGCUAGAAACCGCUGCGGAAAACAUGUACAAUGCCCCGCCCACAUUCGGUCAUGUGCAUAGGCAGCAGCAGCAGCAGCAGCAGCAGCAGGGCAUUGGCACUAAUGGUGCUGAGGGCGUGGCCAUAUCCGGCGAGGAUGCAACACACAGCAACGACUAUGGGGAGUACGGGGCGUCAUCUUCCACGGCGACGCCAGCUGAGCCCAUUGCCAAAUCCGAGACGACGCUGCAGCUGCUCAUUGCGCUCAUCGCCAUCUUCAUAGUGCUAAACGUGGCCAUAUAUGCCACAUUUCUGUUGCGCCAACGGCGGAAGCGCAACACAUCCCUGCAACGCAAGUUGGGCGGCAACAUUCUCAGCUACGAUGGCGCCAACGAUGAUGAGCUGAAGCGUUGCAGUAAGUCGCGCGAUGGCGACGAUAGCUUCACUCUGGACAUGGUGCGCAAGUCCAAUACGUACGAGGCCAUCAAGACAGGCCAGCGCUCGCCGAUUAAUGGCUAUGCCAUGCAGCGUCAGCUGAGCAGCUCCACGGUGGACACGCACACCAAGGUAUGUGAGUGGAUGUCCGCACAGCAUCGGCACACGAGUUCGGGCCAUAAGCUGCCCAAAUCGGGCAGCUUUAAUACCACGCCCCCGCCGCCGCCGGCUGCGCAGUCAGAUAGUCGCAUUAUCAUAUGCCAGGACAUAGAAGUGGCCGAUGCCGCGCUGCUGACUCCGCAGCAUAUGCAUGAGACGCCUGAGGGCAUGCAUUAUGAGCUGCUGCUGCAGCGCCAGCACUCGGCGCUGACAGAGCCCAGUGAAGCCACACUGCAGCCACAGCAUGGCCACGCCUACGCACACGCACACGCCCACUCCCACUCGGAUCCAGUGGACAUGAUUUUAGCUGCGGAUGAGCAGAUCACAAGCUUUGUGCACGCCGAUGAUGUGGACAUCAAUGUGACCAGCCGCGACGAGGAUGCACUCGUGCUGCAGCCCCUCAGCGCCGCACAGCAACUGGAGCUGCUGCGUCAGCGUAACUAUCCCAAGGUAUUGCCGACGGCGCAGGAUUUGCGCACUAGUCACAGCUACAAGCGCAACUCGCUGCCGCCGCAGAAUUUCACCGCACCGCUGCCACCGCCGCGCACCAUUAGCAGCACGCUGGGCCGGCGGCGUCGGGAUAGCAGCAAUAUAACCACAUCGCCGCUAAUGCUGGCCCAGGACUCUGGCGAGGAAGAGCCGCGUGAGCCGCAAAUCACGCAGAAUACCCUGAUUGUGGGACCCAUUGUGCCCAAGUCGCCAGCGGCAUCGCUUAAGCGCAUCAAGCACACGCCAACCGCGCGGCCUCAAAUGGAUGGCACAGAGGUAAGCGGUGUGGCCACGGGCCUGAGCACAUUAAGCGGUUCGUUUCAGUCGUUCGAGUCGGUGCCGCCGGCGCAUGAGGCAACCCCGCCACAGGGUCAACGCACCGAGUGUGUCUAUGCCAUAGCGGCGAGCGCCAGUGUCAGCUCCCUGCCAGGCAUCAGCUCGCCCAGCAGCUGGUCAGCACCCAAUGGUGAUCUGUAUGCGCAGCCAACAAAGUCCGCUUCGAGAACGUCGCUCAUACCGCGUCCGUUGCAGUCAGCGCCAGCGCCAGAGGCGCCAGUUGCGUCGCAGCAAGUUUCAAGUGCAGCUGCCUCGGCCACGCCCAGCCGCAUACCGCAGCUGCAGCGUCAGGCAUCCGGCAAGGAGCUGUCGCCUGUUGACGGCGAGCAGACAGCAGAUGCCACAACAUCCACAACAUCCAAUUCACGCGUCGGCUCCGCCAUCUCAAGUGAUUCAUCCGCCUCGGCUGCCUCCUGGCGCAACUCCACAACGUCUUCGUCCUCGUCGUCGACGGGCACCGUGCGAACGGAACUGCAGCAUUGCCAGCAGCCUGGGCGCACCAUUGCCACUCACAUCUAGUAGUCGUAGACGCCAAGCAGAGCUCUCAAUUUGACACCAUUAACGCACCCGCUGUGCCGCGCGGGGCCCCGCAAUGCGACGACAACGCCAGAUUUUGGAUUCCAGUGCAAUGCCAGUCUGCCAGGCUGCCAAAUCCUUUGACGGCUUGUGGCUUGGUUUGCCGUGGAAGCCACUCACGCGCGCCAAUUCGCUCGCAAUUUUCUAGUGUUUGUGAAAAUUUAAUAAUACAUUUUGGUCGAAAGUUUAUCUUUGACUUGGCGGUUGGAUUGCACAAGCAGAAUCCUUCAGCGGGCGCACCAGGAUCUGCUGCAGCUUGUGGUCGCAAAAGUUUUGCCCAACUUCCAGUUUCGUUUAGGCUUUGAUUCAAAUGAGAAGGCACCAAAGUCGAAAUACCUAACGAAAACUCAAGUAAAAUGAGUUUCGAGUUGAAUUUUAUGAAAGGGAUUCGGAAAAAUUACGGGAACGUAUUUUAAUUGAUUUAAAAAUGCAUUGAAUGGCAAAUAGUAAAUA